UGGGAUCGGCGGGGCGAGGCUGCCGCUGCGGCUGGGAGUCGGGCGGGGAGGUGUCGCUGCCACCGGCGUCAUGGGCAAUUGCCACACGGUGGGGCCCAACGAGGCGCUGGUGGUGUCAGGUGGCUGCUGUGGCUCUGAUCUAAAGCAGUAUGUGUUCGGAGGCUGGGCCUGGGCUUGGUGGUGCAUUUCUGACACACAAAGACUGUCUUUGGAGGUUAUGACCAUCCUCUGUCGCUGUGAGAAUAUUGAGACGUCGGAGGGGGUCCCACUGUACGUAACAGGGGUUGCACAGGUGAAAAUAAUGACAGAGAGAGAGCUUCUGGCUGUGGCCUGUGAGCAGUUCUUGGGGAAGAACGUCCAAGACAUUAAGAAUGUGGUCCUUCAAACGCUGGAGGGGCAUCUGCGAUCCAUCCUAGGCACCCUGACAGUGGAGCAGAUCUAUCAGGACCGGGAUCAGUUUGCCAAGCUGGUGCGGGAGGUGGCAGCCCCAGAUGUGGGCCGCAUGGGCAUCGAGAUCCUGAGCUUUACCAUCAAGGAUGUGUAUGAUAAGGUGGAAUAUCUGAGCUCUCUGGGUAAGACUCAGACAGCCGUUGUUCAGAGAGAUGCCGACAUUGGUGUGGCAGAGGCUGAGCGAGAUGCCGGCAUUCGGGAGUCGGAGUGCAAGAGGGAAAUGCUGGACAUCAAGUUCAUGUCAGACACUAAAACGGCCGAUUCCAAACGGGCCUUUGAGAUGCAGAAAGCCGCCUUCAGCCAGGAGAUUAACAUUAAGACUGCCGAGGCCCAGCUGGCCUACGAGCUGCAGGGUGCCCGGGAGCAGCAGAAGAUCCGCCAGGAGGAGAUCGAGAUCGAGGUGGUGCAGCGCAGGAAGCAGAUUGAUGUUGAGGAGAAAGAGAUCAUCCGGAUGGACAAGGAGCUGACAGCCACCAUCAAGCGUCCGGCAGAGGCCGAGGCGCACCGCAUGCAGCAGAUCGCCGAGGGCGAGAAGGUGAAGCAGGUUCUCCUUGCGCAGGCCGAAGCAGAGAAGAUCCGCAAGAUUGGCGAGGCAGAGGCCUCUGUCAUCGAAGCCAUCGGGAAAGCAGACGCGGAGAAAAUGAAGCUGAAGGCAGAGGCUUACCAGCAGUACGGUGACGCGGCCAAGAUGGCUCUGGUGCUGGAUGCUCUGCCCCAGAUCGCUGCCAAGGUGGCCGCUCCGCUGGCUAAAGUGGACGAGAUUGUUAUUCUCAGUGGGGACAAUAACAAGGUGACGUCCGAGCUGAGCCGUCUGCUGGCUGAGAUCCCUGUGUCUGUGCAUGCCCUCACUGGUGUCGAUCUGUCCAAGAUCCCCCUGAUCCAGAAAGCCACGGGAGCCCAGGCAUGAGGCUGGCCAGUCCAAAGCUAGUGAAGACAACCCCCCGUUAUGCACUCUUACAUCAACUGCCUUUAACACUUGGGAAAUCCUUUUAUAUCAAAGACAAUUGGAAGUUCAUUUUUAAGCUCUGGUGCCUUAUUUUGUAGGACCAGAAUGAUGCAUGUUAAAUUGGCCUUUUUUUCUUAAGGGGAAUUUAUUUUGUAAGUUUAAUUGUGUGUUGUAUUAGUCUGGAGUGUCGAUCUGAAUCCUCGGUUAUAAUUGGCAGCUUGUCUGGUCUUGCAAUCUUGGUGCCUUGAAGUUCUCUGUCCUCUGUUUGGAGCUCAGGGGCAGAGAGGCCUAAGCUGGAAGCCCGGGGGCUCAGGGAGCAUCCACUGGGGCAGUGAGGAGCGUAGAUGGAGGGGCUUGCAAACUUCUUCCUUAGGGCAGAAGCCUGUUUCUGCAGCGCUCCCAGUGCGUGGAGCUGCUGGAAGAGAACCCUGAGCAGGACGUCCUCUUGUCUGCCCGAGUUACAAAUGUGAUCUAGUGAGUCCCACGUCCUUGCACUCACAACUGCUUUUGUGGUCGCCUGCUGGCUGGCCUCCCCUGUAUGUUCCCCCCAGGGCACGCAGAGUAUAGCAAGACUGCACUGAGCCAAGCCCUCAGGCCCCGUCCAGGCUGGGGGUUGAGAGGGGAGCCACCCUCCGACUUCUUAGCCAAUGCAUGAGUCCUGUCAGCCUGCCGAGAUCUGCCCAGCCUGUCGCCAUGCCAUGCUGCAGCAUAGGUGCGACUUUAUCCGGGGGCUGGAUUCAGUCUCAAAAUGUAGCUGCUGAGGGGGCUACAGUGACGCUCUCUGGCAGAUCUCUGCUCAGGGCCUGGGGCCAAGUUCGGGAUGAGCACGGCCCUGGGAGCGCCCCUUUGGCUCCUGGCUCCUGCCCGCGGUGCACAGGUGCUCUGGAGACAGGCUCUCUGGUGUGUCAGGCAGCUGCCUGCCCCAGUGAGGAGACUGCUUGCAGCCCCACUGGUCAGCAGCAUGAGGCCAGUCUCCUGUCCCAGGUGCGUUACAAAUCCUGCCCUGACACUGGGAGAAGAAGCUGCUCCUGGGGAAGCCAGCUGCCGUUGUGGAAGGGCCACAGGAGUCGUGGCUCCGUUGGCUCCCUUUUGUACACACAGCCUCCGAACGGCGUCUCGCAGCAGCAUUGCCAGCCCUGCUCGCGCUCGGCCGGCAAGGCCCAGCCCAGACACUGCAGCGGGCAGUGUAGCCUCUUGGCUUCCUUCAGCCGGGCCUGCAGAGGCGUUGGGCUGCGGAAUGCUUGAUCUGGCUGGAGCUGUGCAUGCUGAGGCUGGGGAGCAGCCAGGGUGCCGACCUGCUGUCCGUUAGCACGCCCACUGGUGGAGGUGCACCAGGGUCCGGCAGCGUAGGCACAGCCAGGGGGCUUGAGGAGGGAUCUGGGCGUGGUGGAGCUGUAAUCCCUCGCCCAGGUGGGGGGGUCCCGGGGCUGUAAUCCAAACGCUGCCUGAUUGUGGUUUGUUUAAUUUUGUUGAGCACGUGGCCCAGAGUCCUAGAUCCAUCUCCCGCGCUCUCCCUGCCAUUCCCCCCAGUGUGAGGUGCCACCCGCGUCCCAUAGCGGUUGUCAUCCUGGGCUGUGUAGCAAUGUGCAGCAGCCUUUCCUGCCCUCGGGGUGACUGAUCCCGCUGCUGUAGGUGCUUAGCUGUGCCCGCAGGCACUCUGCUGCCGCCAAAGUAUCUUCUCCUGCCAGUGGUAGCCAAGGCUUUCCUCUUUGCCUCUCUUGCCACUCCUCCUCCCCUGGUGGUUUGUCCAGCUCAGGGUGGGCACAGUGGCGUGUGGGUCGCUCCCCCCAGCAGGAGGGCCUCACGCCAGGGCUCCCGGUGCUCUUUGACCUGCCUCAGGCUUGUCUCAGUUGUUUUACAGCCAGGUGGGUGCAGCGUUAGCCCCCCUGCGUAGUCAGUGCUGGGUGAAAUCCCUCCGGGGGGGUGGGGCAGGGCUGAGGCCAGAGCCUGUGCGGCACAGUGUGCUGGUCUGAGGGCCAGGUGGUUGUGGCUGCAGUGAGUGUUCACUCGCCGGUCGGAUUGAUCUGAGUUAUAGGGACCAUCCAGGAAGCUUCACAGGCCCAAAGAGGGGAGCUGUGCCUGGCAUUAGGCCUUGAAAACGCUCUGACCUCCAGUCUCUCACUUGACUGGGUUAGCAAGGACACAGGCACCAUGGCCAGCGGGCAAAGGUGCCAAGCCCAUCAGCAUAACAAUAAAGCUGCUGGUGGUGGUGAACUGGGCCGCCCAAGACCUAAUGCCCACAGGGCCGGUGCCCGUUCUCCCUCAGUCCUCACCUGCUGUUCUGCUCCUGGAGCCUGCAGUGUGAAUCCUGUGCUGAAGUACAGUGCCUGGUUUUGUGACAGCCCCUGGCACAUGGGCACCAGUUUCUUUCCUUGCCAAAGUCAGACUCCCCAGGUCUGCAGAGGAGAAAGUUUACUGCUCCCUGCCCCGGCUGGGUCAGCCCGAGGGGCUCCGGCUGUCUUGUGUGUCCUGUGGAAGGCCCUCCCUGCGGAGCAAACCUGCUGCUUUGAUGGCGAAUGUGCCCUGGUUUCCCACCACCUGUUCGUUCCUCAACACUGGUCUGGCCGUGGGGCAGCUGGUGAAAACCUGUCCGAGCUGUGUGCGCUCUGGCAGGCUGCUCCCCACCUCCCCGCAGCUGGGAGGGCACCUCCCUCUUGGGGAGUGAGCGGGGAGUUCAAGGAUGUGACGGGAGUGUAAUGUAGAGCUGAAAGUGGGUCUGGCAGGAUUUCUGUGAGGAAACACGAGGAGUGAAGGAAUCUCUGGCCUCCUGGGGCUUCUCUCAGGGCUGACACUAGCUCUGCAUCCAGCGAGGAGGAGGAGCUGGCUGGACAACAGGAGGGAAGGGAUGGUUUUAUCUGCUGGCUUGCACAUAUGCCCCAGACACACUACUCUGUAUAUCUGGAACUAGCUUGUUGCAGUGGCAGGCCAGGAGCUGACUGUUCUGUAAAGGCUGUUCAUAUCUGCAUGUAAAUUGUGCAUGCCAUCGUUCUGCUGACAUGUUACAUACUGUAUAAUAAAGAGGCAGCAUGACCAUGCUGCACUGGCUGUCA